UCGUUAUUUGACGUGGGUUACUAAGAUGGAGGGAGACUUCGAAUUGAUAUUAUAUAUUAGGUGUAAACCGGAACUCAAGCUUCGACAUUCUAACAGGCUAUUCACUCACAAUCUUAUUAUUUCAUGCACUUCUAUUACUUCAUCUCUAGCAACAUCUAAGAAAAAUGAGCGGCUCGACGCAGGACUAUCAAAACAUCUUUCAUUGGGCAGAAACCCAGAAGGAUGCCACCAUUCCAUCUUUUGCCGUGAGGAAGAAUGAUCCUUACAAGUACCAACCAGGUUUCGACAAUAGCUUCGAAUCUGAGGCUAUUCCGGGAACCAUCCCACAGGGCCAGAACAACCCGAGAUGUGUUCGCUUUGGCCUCUACGCGGAGCAGGUGACUGCUUCGGCUUUCGUUGCCCCGCGCCAUACCAACAAGAAGGCCUGGCUCUACAGAGUUCGUCCUGCCGUUGCACACCAGGGCUUUGUUGAUAUGCCGGACAACAAUGACACCGAAGCGAACUUCCUACCUAUCAACCCUCGAGUCCACCUUUCGCCCCAACAAGUUGCAUGGCUGCCAUUCGAAAUUCCGACAGGUGGAAAGACGGACUUCAUCUCGGGCUUGAAGACGGUAGCUGGGUCCGGCGAUCCGACUCUGCGCGAGGGUAUUGCCACUCAUAUGUAUAUGGCCGAUCAGUCCAUGGAGCAACGAGCAUUUGUCAACUCCGACGGUGACUACUGCAUAGUUCCACAACAAGGCAGUCUUGACAUCCAGACCGAAUUCGGGCCACUUUAUGUCCAACCUGGAGAGAUCUGCGUCAUCCAACGUGGGCUGCGAUUUCGAGUCAGUCUUCCCGAUGGACCUUCUCGAGGAUAUAUUCUCGAGAUCUGGGGUUCUAAUUUUGAGCUUCCCGAACUUGGACCUCUUGGAGCCAAUGGCCUUGCUAAUGCCCGGGACUUCCUUCACCCAGUUGCUCAAUAUGAAGUGAAGAAAGAGCCGUGGGAGAUCGUCUACAAGUUAGGAGGAAAGUUCUUUAGCAGUAAACAAGAGCACUCGCCCUUUGAUGUUGUUGCAUGGCACGGGAACUAUGUACCAUAUAAGUACGACCUCACGAAGUUCGUAAAUGUUGGAUCUAUAUCCGUCGAUCAUAUCGACCCCUCGAUCUUCUGCGUCUUAACUGCGAAGUCUCGCGAUCCUACAGCGCCAUUAGCGGAUAUUUUGAUUUUCUCUCCACGCUGGGAUGUGGCAUCACACACUUACCGACCCCCGUACUACCACAGAAACGUCGCCUCGGAGCUUAUGGGGCUCAUAUACGGUGAGUACGGCGGACGGUCUGACGAGUUCCAGCCAGGCGGUGUAUCCUUCGAGUGCGGCGUAGUUCCCCAUGGCGUGGCCUACGAGGAAUUCAAGGCCGCAUCAGAGCAGACACCGCCUGAGAUGCAGAUAUCUAAGGGUGCUAUUGCAUUCAUGUUCGAGUCCUCCCGACCAUUUACUAUUACGGACUGGGCCUGGAACAGCGACAAGAAGCAUGAACAUGAUCCAAAGAUGUGGGAUAACCUGAUUGACAAUUUCUCAACUCAUUCCAAGGAGGUUGAAGAGAUCAUGGCAAAGACUAGGAAAAUGGAGCUCAAGUAGUUACAGCGUGCUUUAUUGAUAG